AUGCUUCUCGCUUCGCCGCUGACCGCCGCCGCGGUACUGGUGCUGUUGGCGGUGAUUCACCUGGUCCGAUGCUUGCGAUCUCCGCUCGCCAGACUGCCCGGGCCGUCCAUUUCCAAAUACACAUCGCUUUGGCUGAAGUGGCACGAGAUCAACGCGACCAGGACCGUCUAUAUCCAUGCGCUGCACCGCAGGUACGGUCCUGUGGUCCGGGUGGCGCCCAAUGAGGUCGCUUUUACGUCGUGGGCAGCCAUCAAGGAGAUUUACUGCUCAGGCGGCAGCGGCUACGACAAGACGGAGUUUUAUGACAUGUUUACCAUUUAUGGACGACGUACCAUGUUUACUACGCUGAACAAGGCUGAUCAUGCGAAACGAAAGCGUAUCCUUGCCGAUCGAUAUGCAAACACCAACAUACUGAAAAGCGCCUCAAUGGAUGGUAUUCAAGAACGGUCGGCCAAAUUUGUGCGCCGUUGUGCCUCUUCACCGAACGCCGCCGAUGUUUUUCUAACCGUGCUUCAGAUGUCUUUACACGCCUAUGCCUGCGAUUGUGUUACCCAUCAUCUAUUCCACCCCCGCGGCACCGAUUGCCUGGAGAAUGAGAAUGACGAGAACAUGAUGCAUCAGGUAGCAUCCGAUGAUAGUCUACAAAACCGUCUCAUCUCUCACUACGCUCCAACGCUGCAUCGUAUUUUCGGCAGUGUCCUGUACUUAUUUGCAAAACCACGAGAAACGCCACUGGCCGAUACAUAUGUUCUGGAAACUAGCCAAAUUCAUGACACCGCCACGUUCACGCUGAUGAGCCGACUAGAGGAGAAAUCGGCCGAGCUGGAACCAAUUGACAUGGCGGCCGAGUGUCUUGACCAUAUGGCCGCCGGCAUUGACACCACGGGAGACGGGCUGUGCUUCCUGUUGUGGGAGCUAUCGCAGCCGCGCUCGCUCAAGGUACAAGAAAAGCUAGCCCGAGAGCUUCUUGCGAAUCCCCACGCACCAUUGGACCAGCUGCCGUAUUUGGAUGCUGUCGUGUGCGAGGGUCUCAGAUGCUACCCCCCGAUCCCCAUGUCCCUCCCGCGGUACGUUCCGGAGGGUGGUCGCAUGGUUGAUGGCCACUGGCUGCCCGAGAAGACCGUCGCUAGCUGCCAGGCGUUUUCUGUGCACCGCAUCAACGAUGACAUGUUUCCUGAGCCGGACGCUUUUCAGCCGGAGCGUUGGUUGCAACUAGAUGGGGAUGCGGAUCGACGACGGUUGUUGUUCGCUUUUGCCAACGGCGGGAGAGGAUGCGUUGGAAAGCAGUAA